AUGUCAAAGUUGUGUGAAACAUCAAGUAAGAAUCUAAGUUUGAAAAUGAUUAUCCCGGUGAGGUGUUUUACCUGUGGAAAAGUCAUUGGUAAUAAAUGGGAAGCAUAUCUUGGACUACUACAAGCAGAGUACACUGAAGGUGAUGCUCUAGAUGCUCUUGGUUUAAAGAGAUAUUGCUGCCGUAGGAUGCUGCUUGGACACGUUGAUCUAAUUGAGAAACUACUGAAUUAUGCACCAUUGGAGAAA